AUGGGUCCAGCGUUUCAUAACCCACUCAAACCUCUUGCAGAGUCACCCUCGGAAACAAACUUGCAAGCCUCUCCUCGGAAGAAAAGCAACAAGCUAACAAAAUUUUUUAAGAGACAUGCAAAAUCCAACUCUGAUUCAGGGUCUGCAUCUACCUUUACAGCGUCAUUGUCUGACGAGAAGGGAAUGAGAAAGUCGCAGUCUAGUAGGUUCUCUUAUAAAAGGUCAAUGGAGUCGUCAAAUUCCACGUCGAGUAAUAAAAGAAUGAUCAAAUCACAAUCUGUUCCAAAUGGACUGUUAUCCAAUAGUAAAAACAACAGGGAGCUCACCAUUCAAAGUGCAAAUAUAGACAUAUCUAAGGUGAAACUGCCCAAUGUUCAUUCCAUCAAAAAUGUGAGGUCAGAAGCAGAAGAAUUGGAGGCUGCAAGAAGGAAACUUUUGGGGAAUCGUCAUAUAAAAUCACUGAGGCGUAAGCAUAGACCCAAUUAUAAUGAUAAUAGUAAUAUCAAUGGUAAUCGUGAUGGUGUAGAUGAUUCAGAUUCGGACAUGCUUUCGGACCCAGAGUCUUCAUUGCAACAUAAACAAAGCAUAAGUAAACUUCAGACUUCACAAAGAACAGAUACACGUACUACAGCUGGAGAAAGUUCAAUAACUGAGGGGGAACACGAUAGUAUCCGUCCAAAAACACAAUUGGCUCUUAUAAACCAUGGCGCUAACCAAUUGGCAAAGGCUCCGCAUCUGUCUAAUACAAAUUUGCGCCUGCAUAGCUCAACUCCAAACCCGUCAGAUUCUUCAAUUAAUGGUGAUGCAAACGGUGAUAACAAUCCUUCAAAUGAUUCAAAGGAGCAUACUGGGAUUUUUUCAAGCCUUUUAAAUACUUUGAACUGGAAAUCUUUUACAGAUCUCACUGGUGUACACGAUGAGAACCAUAACGAGGCGGAAAACCAUAACGACCUAAUUUCUAAAAAUAGUCAUGUAUCAUUAGACGCAGAAAAUGGCCGUCACAGUGAAGAUAAAAGAGGCGACAGUCCAUUGGACAAGGUUAGCUUUGUCCCAAUUAAGCAACCCUUGAUCAAAACCCUUGGACAGGGUAGUCUCACGCUCGAUGCUUUCCCUAAAAAUCAAACACAGUUGCUAAAUCAGGAUGAUACUACACGGAUUCUGGUGAAUGGGCAGCCUGCUGAUACACUGAAUUACAAAAAGGCUUCUCCAACACGUCCAAGACUGGAGAUCACUCGUGAAGACAGAGAGAGGAGAGUCAGAAAUUCAAUGUCGCCCUCAAGGAAGCAGCAGAUGAGAGCUUCUUUGUCUUCAAUGUUGUCAUCAGAUGAAGAUGAAGGUGCGGUUGGGUCUAUUCCAAUGUCAGCCAGUAUGAAGUUGAAAAAACGCUUAAAGCUGCCUCUGUCAAGUAAAAAGAUUAUGACAGAUUCAGCCUUUUCUACAAUGACGGAUGAAUACCCUGAUGUAUCUCCACGAAAAAGAAUUUCGUUGAUUGAAAAAUUGGAUGUUAGAAUGCCAAGCGAAAAGAGGCAGGAGGCAUUUCACAGUGCAUUUCCCGGCUUACCCUCUGAUGAGAUCCUUAUUGAAGAUUUUACUUGUGCAUACCGCAAAGACAUUUUAAUUCAGGGAAAAUUGUAUUUGACUGACCAGCAUGUAUGCUUUUACUCAAAUAUCUUGGGAUUGGUUACCCGAAUUAUUAUUCCACUAAACUCCAUUUUGAAGAUUCAGAAAAAGAAAACUGUCGGUAUACCAAAUGCCAUCGAAUUCAGCAAUUUGCAUGAUAAAUUUGUUUUCGCCUCUUUCUUAUCGAGAGAUCCUACUUUUGACUUAAUUAACAAAGUUUGGAAACUAACUAUUAAUAACGAAGGUUAUGAUACCAUCAGUAUGGACUUUGAUGAUGACGAUGAAGUUGAAUCUAUCGAAUCAUUAUCUGGUGAUUCUUCAUACGUUGAUGAUACAGAUUUUGGGGGUGACCAUGCCCCAACUUAUCCUGUUACAAGGAAAUCAACAUCAGGAAGCGGUGAUGUCACAACAGCAGCACCUGAAUCAAACGGUACGGGAACUGUUGUUGCAAAUAACGAUGAUACAGAUACCAGUAUAUCUGACCCGGAAAAUAUGGUAAAAGAUGACGGAAAUGAUGAAAAAACCGCCAAUGAGAACAUAUUCAAUGGAUUACCCUUUGAAGGACCUAAAGCACAUCCGGAAACUUCUAAUGGCUAUACUCCAGAAUCAUCGGAUGUUAAGAUCAUAGAUGAUGUCAUCAACGCACCAUUAGGGUUAGUCUAUGGCCUAUUAUUUGGUGAUGAUGUUUCCUUUGUACAAAAUUUGCUCAAAGUUCAAAAGAAUUUUGAUAUCAGUGAUAUACCUAAGUUUUCAGGGAAUAAAAGAAACUACAGCUAUGUUAAGCCGCUAAAUGCUCCUGUUGGGCCAAAGCAAACCCGAUGUCUCGUGGAAGAAGAUAUUGAACAUAAAGAUUUUAACAAGUACUGUUUGGUCAUUCAACUAACGGAUUCUCCUGAUGUUCCGUCUGGUAAUAACUUUAAAGUCAAAACCAAAAUAUACCUAAGCUGGGCUGCAAAUAAUGCUACAAAAAUAUUUAUUGUAACAAGUAUUGUCUGGUCUGGUAAAUCUUGGAUUAAGGGUGCAAUUGAGAAAGGUACCAUCAGUGGCCAAAAGGAAUCUUUGGGUCAACUGGUGACUGAAUUAAAGAAAAAAAUUUCAGCUGGUGGAACUGCUACCGCUGUUGGUAAAUCUAAAAAAAGAGACAGAAAGAAGGAGAAAGAAGGGAAUGCCGAAGAAACCUUAACUGAGACUUCAGUUGAGCCGGUUUCUCAGCCUGUUGUUGAAAUGCCACCUGAACCAAAAUCAUACCUGGACAUUAUCAAGGAACAGAUCGAUCUAAAGUUUAUUCUUAUUUUUAUCUUGUUUACAAUCGUCCUGAGUGACAAGGUCAGAAAGCCAUCCAAACCGGCAGGUGGGUAUGAGCUCUACUCCAAUGAUAGGAUGUUGAUGAGUGAAUCCAGUUUAUGGGAAUGGAUCGAAGAGCGUGAACGUGUCACGGAUCGUACAUUGCAUAGAAACAACGAUGAACACCGUAAACAGUUCCGACAGUCUCUUGGAGGCAGAGCCAGGGACAAAAUGUCAGAUUUAGAGUUGAAGGCAACCAUAGAAAUGUUAGAGCAACAGUUGAGCUCAUUGAAAGAGGAAGCUAAUCAUGAUAUUCUAUAA